AUGAAAAGAGUGAAAAGUCAGCAAAGGACCUUUGGUCCUCAUAAUAACCUUAAGUACCAGUAUUCAGAAUGUACGGGGAACAAAAAAGCUUUGUGCAUAGGUAUAAAUUACGUAGGUACUUCGAAUGAACUUGGAGGUUGUCAAAAUGAUGCAGAUAGGAUAAGGGAGUUCUUGAUUAAACGUUGUGGUUACAAAUCUGAAAAUAUUAUGCUGCUUAAAGAUUCAAAAGAUCUUGACGAAAGUAGGCAACCGACCAAGAAAAACAUGUUUAAAGCAAUGCGUUGGCUCGUGAAAGGUGCAAAACUGAAUGAUGCUUUAUUUUUUCAUUACAGUGGUCAUGGUGGGCGUACAAAAGAUCUCAGUGGAUAUGAUGAGACCGUAUUUCCUGUAGAUUUUCAGAAGCUGACAUAUGUCCAUACUGGUCAUAUUCUUGAUGAUACAUUGCAUGAUGAGCUGGUAAGGCCACUUCCGGCUGGAUGUCGCUUGACCGCCAUAUUUGACUCAUGUCAUAGUGGCACAGCUCUUGACCUCCCAUUUAUAUACGAUAGUAAUGGUGACAUAAAAGAACCUGAUGUUUUAAAAGAAGCUAGUGGUGAACUUUUUUCUCAUAGGUUACCUAAUGGAAUGAUAGCACCACUGCAUGAUGCAUACUACUUUUCCAAAAGACUAGUAACAGGAAAAGCUCAAGAUAGAAAGCAGAAAAAAAUUAAUUUCAGUCCUGCGGAUGUUAUUAUGUUCUCUGCUUCAAAGGACACUCAAACCGCUGCAGAUGCUGUUUCAAUAGAUCAGAAUAGAGAUAAAGAUUUCUCUUUCAUUGAACUUUUAAACGCUAUACGUUCUAAAAUGGAAGGAAAGUACACUCAACGACCUCAACUGAGUAGUAGUCACGAAAUAGAUAUGGAUUUAGAUUUUGUUUGUUAA